AUGGAUCCGGAAAGCGUAGCGUUCCAGCCCCGCGAAGACUACUGGCGAUUCCAGAGCGAGAUGCUCCGAGUGCAACAAUCUCAAGCUGAGCUGUCAGAUCGCAUGGCUCGCUUGGAACGCAAGCAGGACGAUGAUUCCCGCCUGAAGAAUGUCUGGGGCACAUCUUCGCCGUUUCCCUCCGUACUCGGUGGUACCCCGCAGCAAGUUCCUCUACAACAGCCCACGGCCGAGCACUUUUCGAACUUCGAUGAUGACGAGUCUAGCAAUCUGAUUGGCAAUCUCCAGCUUGACGCCGACGACGAACCUCGACGAGUUGGAACGACAUCGCGCGCCAACAGUGUUCGCUUUGACGAAACGGCGAAUCACGGACAUUGGACACAUGCUUCACGAACUUCGCUGGAGCUCCUGCCCCGCUCUGGCAGUAGUCUUGGCGGGCACGCACUGAGUGAACGCAGCUAUUCCCACAAGUCAGACGGGAGACAGAGCUCAGCAGGCCAAUCUGUUCACUCAGUCACAUCAGGGCGGGCCAACAGUUUUACCAGCUACGGUCCCACAACGCCAGUGGAACUCCCAGGGCUGGCACCUGGUCUGUUCAUACUUGGCUCUGUUCCCUCCAUCAUACGUUGCUGGCUCAACACUAAUUUCAAGCAUGAUACCCUUCUCUAUGCCGCUGUCUGUACCGGCUCGCAUACAUCUUAUCUAGAUUUGCACCUCAUUGACUAUCUCGGCUUUCAGGAUCAGAUCACGCAGAACGAUGAUGGCUGCAGGAAGAUCCAGUUGACAGUUUAUCUGCCAGAAGCCGUGCCCGUCUCAGCGUCUGCUCAGUCCGACAGCCCUGCUCCUCAGCUUCCUUCUAUCACGGUUGAAUUUACCGUAGUCGACGAGCACGAUCUAUCCAAACCCAAAGCUAUCCAAAUCUUGAUUGGUAGCGACCUGCUUCGAUCGCACAACGCCGACAUCCUCUUUUCUACCAACCACCUGAUGAUUUACGAUGAUGACAGGAACAAGCUCCAGGUUCCACUGGUGCGACCAGAAGACGAGAGCGCUUUCAAGUCUCUGUCAACCUCACAUAGGACAAGUCACAUUCUGAAGCCAGGCUUGAUAUCGAAGAGUGCAGUGGUUGGCCUGCCCUCAUCCGUCGAGCCUAAGGUCAAGUUUCUCGAGACGGCACAGGCGGAGAGCACAGAUCCGCAAAAGCUUGGAGAGAGCAUCAUGGCGGCCAGCUCUGAGGAUGGUGGUUCGAAUGGUCGAAGAAGCCUCGAUCAGCGACCACAUUCCCUGUCGACGUCCUUUGCACGGUCUGAGUCCAAGGAUGCUCAGCUCUCAAGUCCUACAACAGUUAGCUCGCGCUCAGGACCAUCGCCAGCCAUGCUGAGCACAUGGCGACGCGAUACAAAUGAGAAAGCCAGCGGCGGAACACUAGACUGGGCACACGUGGGUAAAACCACCGCCUCCCCUUCAAGUCAGCCGCGCCGUGAGAUCAAGGUAUUGAGGCCUUCGAGGUCGUCUUCACGUACACUUACCUCCUCGACUGCAGCAGCCGGAACUGGACAAUCGCGCUUCUUCGAUGAUGGAAAGAGAAAGGAUGACGGUGAGGUGACAACAGGCGCCCCUACACCGUCCUUGAGCCGCACGGUGUCUGGCGAGAAGAACGAGAACCGGCCGCCAGUUGCAAACCUGCGAUCCGCUAACCCUGUGGGUGGUGCAUCUGCCUUUGCGUGGCUCAAGAGCGGGUCGAAAUGA